UUCGAUUCCAGCAGUCGCGUUUCGGUGUCCGAGUGAAGGAGUUCUCGAGCGAGCGAGAGAGAGAGAGAGAGAGAGAGAGAGAGAGAGAUUUGUUGGGUAAAGUUUUAGAGAGAGAAGGGUAGCAUUUUUUUAGAGAGAGAAAAUGUCAGGAAGAGGAAAGGGCGGAAAGGGGCUGGGCAAGGGAGGAGCGAAGAGACACAGGAAGGUGCUUCGCGAUAACAUUCAGGGAAUCACUAAGCCUGCAAUUCGCCGCUUGGCUCGAAGGGGAGGAGUGAAGCGUAUCAGUGGUCUCAUCUAUGAAGAAACCAGAGGCGUUCUCAAGAUCUUCCUUGAAAACGUUAUCAGAGAUGCCGUUACCUACACUGAGCAUGCUCGCAGGAAGACUGUGACUGCCAUGGAUGUGGUCUAUGCCCUAAAGCGCCAGGGCCGCACUCUCUAUGGCUUUGGCGGUUAGGUUUUGGCCUUGAUUCCUGGGGUUAGUGAUGUAAAUUUUCAUGGAUCAUGGCCCCUUGUCUUUCUCUCAUCUUUUCUUGCUUUAGGCUUUCUUUUGUGUUGGGGGUUUGGUUGUUUGAGAUGAAAUUGUUUUGAUUCAGUCAUUUUGACGAUGGAAGCAAGGAUUCGUGGACUUUAAGUUGAAUGAAUACUAGAUUGGAGGGCUUCAGUAAA